GUUAAUGUGUGAGCAACACGAUUUGCAGAUCGCUUAUAAAAAGAGAAUAAAAUUACUCUUUGUUUUCAAGAAAUUCCUUAUAUCAUCAAGUAAGAAAAGUCCCCCUCUUUUUGAGCCCCUGGACCACCGUAAGUGCAUCUGUCUCAAUCUCCACGUGUGUCCAUCCUUCCUCAGCUGCACAAAAAAUAGCAUCUCGGACUCCCAUUGCUUCGGUUUCCGCCGCCGACCAACUAGCUAGCUCAGAGACUUCCCGAGCCUUGACAAAUUCUCCAUGAUUGUUGCGUGCUACCCAUCCCCAAGCUCGGAUAUUGUUUUCUUGAUUAACCACCCCAUCAACAUUUAUUUACUUUAAUGUACCUAUUCUCCGGUCUCUUCCAAACCGCCGCUGAGCUAUCAUUAUUCCUUCCCAGCCCCGUUUGGCCAUUAGCUUGCGCUUCCCUCCAGCUCACAACCACAUCGGCCGCCGCAUUGAGGAUUCCCGUUGUUCCUUGCCAUCUGUCCUUCCAAAUAAACUCAUUUCUUCUCUUCCAUAUACUCCAUAGAAUGGAGAUAAAUCUGCAACGGGCUUUCUCAUUUGAUACCCCAAGCUGCUGCCAAAUCCACGUACUAACUGAAUACGACGGUUGUCCACACCAGCCUGCUACCAAACUUCUUGAACCUGAACGCAAGAGCGAUCCGCAUGGUCCAAUGUUUCAUCCCCCUCCACAAGCAUUGCACCCUUCUUGCACUUGCACAUCUUUCUUUCUUAGAUUGUCCACCGUGGGGUAACGAUCCAUCAAUAACCUGCCAAGCAAAAUAUUUGAGCUUCGGAGGGAUGCGAAGAUCCCACAACCGUGCCCAGUUCGUACCACUCCUCGCGGUCAGCUCUCCCGUAAGCAAACAGUGGCAACUUUUGACUGAAAAUAUUCCACUCUUCUCCCCUGUCCACCAAUACCCAUCCUUUCUAUCUUGAAGGCUCAUCAGGCUAGAUGUCUCUGUCACCAGUUUCCAUCCCUGCUUAGCCAGCAUCAUCAAAUUAAAUUCCUUUAUCCUCUCGAAUCUCAAUCCCCCAUAUUUUUCGGCUUACACAGCACCUCCCAUCUCCUCCACCGCAGGAGGCCUUUAUGUUCAAAUUUUGUCCCCCUCCACCAAAAUUCAUUCAUUAAUUUUUCAAUUUCAUCACACGAUUAUUUGGGAGAAGAAAGACAUUCAUGGCAUAAUUGGGCAUAGCUUGAACACCAUUUUUUAAUAGAACCAUUCUACCUAAAUAUUUCAUCUUUUAGAUAGCCUAAAAUACCAAACAUACUACAACAUGCAUCUUUAAACUGCUCCCCCACAUUCUGACGGUAAGAUAGUGCAGACUUUGCAUAGUUUAGUGCGGGUCUUUUCUUACUUAAUGGGAAUAAGUAACAUCCAUGCCAAAAAUACGAGAGUUUUGCUAUGUUUUCUGUAAAGGGGGGAUUCGGAAGGGGUAAUUCCGAUUAGGAUGGUGGGGGCGAUAGGAUGGUGGGGGUGGGUAGAUGGGCUGGGAGGGGGAGGGGCAAGGGAAAUGUAAAAAUCCCAUUUUUUAUUAAUUGAUUUAACUUUUUUUAUUUGUACUCUAAAUUUUACAAAAAAAAAUCAAAACUUAUAACUUUUUGUGAUCUUUCUAAUGACAUCAAUAAUCCAUAUAUAAACUUUAUUUUCUUUUAUGUUUCAAUUGUAGAAUGUUUUCAGGUUUUUGUUUCUAUAAACUAAAAUCUUUUAUCACAUCACUCUAAAUCACAUGCGGCCGUCUCCCUUGAAUAAGGGUUCCAAUUUUUGUCGUCUUAUGUGCGGCGUUUAGAUUUAGUCGUCCUUUGGAGCGACGAUUAAAGUAGCAGAGAAGGAAUUGUUCGGGAGAAUAUCGCUAGGCGUGUUGUGGCGGCCGAUGGAGAAGGAGUUGCGGGAGCCAAUGAAGGAAGAAAGGGAGGCAUCCAGAGGGGCUGAAAUUGCGGGGCAAAUGGAGGUUGCGCGCCAGGGAAUCAAUCGAGCGACGGGCGGGAGUUGUGCCUUGUUUGUGUCAACAAUGAUAGUGAUGAUCUGACCUUCUCUUGAAUCACCACCAGGCGAUGAACGAGGUGCUACGGUUCAAGAUACUUGUUUUGCUUAUUUAGUUUUUUUUUCAUGUUUCGUCAUCCUCCUAUUAGUUUUUAUUAUUUUAUCAUUUGGUUUCUUGUUAUCGUCUAUGUUGUUAGGUUUGUCAGUUUGCUGGGAAUUUAGCCUCCUUUUGUGUCAUUGGGUAUGUUUGGAUCUAUGGGAACAGAGAAGGCUGUGUCAAGCCCGCUGCA